AUGGUCUCUGUCUGCUCGUUUGCAGCACUGCUGCGGCUGGCGGUGGUGGGCAUUGUCCUGGGCCUGGUAUGCGGCGGGAGUGAGGCUGCCAUUACAUCGUACAAUGCUACGCUGACCGUGUCCAAGGGCUCUUCGUGCGAUGUGCGUGUGGUCGAGGACAUCGAGUAUGUGUUCAGCACCAGCACAGGGACGGUCAAGUGGUACCCGGGUGCGGCGCCAGUGGGCGCGACGGCGACGCCGCUGAGCGACGGCGAGCGGGCAGAGCUGACGGAGGUCGACGGAGCAGCGGCACCGACGUUUGACGUUACCUUUACGCCGACCACCCGCAAGCGGCUGCGGUUCCAGUACACGUCGGCCGGCCCGCUGUCGGCGACGCUGUCAGAGAACAAGCUGGCGUGGAUGGCGGUGUCGCGGGCAUGGCCCGAGAUGAUCUCCAACGUGCAGACAACGGUCAUUGUGCAGAGUCUUUCGUCGCUGACCGACGUGACGGCCUCCCCGCCCGGACUGGAUCUCCAGGUUGUGGCUGCGGGCCUCGAGGCCAAGUACUCGCUCGGCGUCCUCGCCAUGGAGACAGGAGUCUCCAUCUCGAUGGAGUUUCCGGUUGUGGCCAAGUGCAAGGCUAUUCCGGUCUGGGUCUACAUUGUGAUUGCCAUUGCGGCGACGCUCACGAUCUGUGGCAUUGUGUUCUGCAUCUGGCGGUUCUGCUGCCGUCGGCCAUCGGACGGCUUUAUCUCGUCGUCGUCAGCAUCGUCGGCUUCGUCCAACUCAUCUGACGGCGGCGCAGCGCAGGCCAUGAUGGGAGGGCCAACCGCGAGCGCAGCCGAGGCCGGUAAGGUCGGCGGUGGCCCGGUGAUCCAGAACAACGGCGGCGCGCUGAUGUCGUACGAGGCCUCGGACGGCAAGUCGUUUGCCGGCAACGGCCAGCAGGCCAACGGCACCGGCCAGCCGCAGUUGAUGCACCAGUCAUCCAUGGGCGACAUGUACUCGAACGCCGAUCCGUACCUCUCGGUCGGCCCUCCGCCGGCGGUCGGCUACGACGUCGGCGGCGGCGGCGUCGAGAUGGCGUCACUCGGCCCUGGCCAGCCCACCUUUGACAACCCGGAUACCCAGGUUGAUGAUAUGAUCAAUGAGAUCUUCGAGGCAUGA